AUGCUGCCGCCUCGCGCCGCGUCGCUGGACGACGCGCCUAUGGCCGCGCCUCCGCCGCGAGCAUCGCCAUUCCUCCGGUGGGACAAUCCCCCGGCCGCAGCCCCUCCCGAGCGCCCGUCCGCCCAUCUGCAAGACGCCUCGGGCCUGGGGGAACGCUGGUUCUCCGCCACCGGCGGGGGGGGCUCUCGCCUGAAUGAGAUUUUCCAGAUGACCACCCUCUCACCGGGGUUUGCCCGGCUGCCGGACACCGAUCCCGAUGAGGAUGGCGACGGCCCGGUCGCCGGGGCCGAGGAGGACCUCUUCAUUUUGCACGAGGACACUGACUGGAAUGAUGAUCGCCGGGCCACCCAGCGGACCAAUUGGGCCUGGUUGCGGACAUCCAUCUCGCUCAUCUCCCUGGGCUUGACCAUCCUCUCGCAGUUUCUCUCCCACCGGAUCGCCCUCUUUGCGCUGGUCACCCUGGCUCUGGGGCUGGUCUACGCCGCGCUGGCUCUCAUCCGGUUCUACAUCACGCUUCGGUACUUCGAGGCCGGGCGUUUCCUGACCAACUCCAAGGCCGUGGCCACCGCCAGCGUGGUGACCCUUUUCGCCAUGCUCGGCAUUCUGGUUCUGAUGAUUGUGACGUGA